CACUUGAGUGUGAUUGUCAUUGAGAUAGUACAUAUGUCAAUGGUGAUUGUGCCUUAUCAGUGACGGUCAAACUGUUUUUGUAUUUACGUUUGUAGAUUAUGAUAAAUUAGUACCUAUCUUAUUCGGGGUAUAGUUGGUGACUUACCUAUAGUCUUAUUUGUUUUGAUUAUUUAGAUAUAUGUAAUUUUAUUUUCUACAAUUUCUAGUUAAGUUUUUUAAUAAAUAUUGUGCGAAAGUUUAAACUUGUUUGGAUGGUUUGAAUACCUAGCGUUAAAUAUAUUUCCAUAUUUCUUAUUUUAGGUAGCUUUGCUUAGUACGGUAUCAAUUUCGUUUAUUUGAUAACAGUUUAGUUAAAAAUAAGUAAACACCAAGUUAAUAUGUAUAAUAAUUAUCUUAAUGUUUGCAAGAUGAUAGUAAUGAAAUCCGGUGUAUCUAUGACUAGUAGUGUUGGCCGGAAUUUUUUACCCCUUACAUAUAAUGCUGCAGCACAUCGCUGGUACUCAGAUGACACUUCUAAAAAGUUUGAUAUCGUUGUAAUUGGUGGCGGUAUUGUUGGUGCUGCGUCAGCAAGGGAGCUCAGUCUAAGGCAUCCAUCAUUAAAUAUUGCAUUAGUCGAGAAGGAAAAUCGUUUUGCCUACCAUCAAAGUGGUAAUAACAGUGGUGUGAUUCAUGCUGGUAUUUAUUACAAACCUGGAUCAUUGAAAGCUAAAUUAUGUGUACAAGGCAUGGAAUUAGCUUAUAAAUACUGUGAUGAGAAAAAUAUACAAUAUUUAAAGUGUGGAAAAUUGAUAGUGGCUACUGAAAGGCAUGAGGUGCCCACAUUAUUAGAUCUGUAUGAUCGAGGAAUACAAAAUGGUGUAAAAGAUUUGCAGCUACUAGAAGGAAAUGAAAUAAGAGAAAUCGAACCCCUCUGUAAAGGGCUGCAAGCUAUAUGGUCUCCCAACACUGGAAUUGUGAGUUGGGCUCAGGUCACAGAAUCUUAUGUAGAGGACUUCAAAAAAUGUGGUGGCACAACUUAUUUAAACUUUGAAGCAAAGAGGUUCUCAGAAUCUGAAAAUGCAGAAUACCCUGUUAUUAUAUCGGAUAACAAAUCUAAUAAUAUUUCUGCAAAGUAUGUCCUCACAUGUUGUGGCCUACAUUCAGAUACAGUAGCUGUUUUAACUGGAUGUCCUGAAGAGCCUAAAAUUAUACCUUUUAGAGGUGAAUAUUUGUAUCUAGUCCCCAGUAAAAGUAACUUAGCUAAAGCUAAUAUUUAUCCUGUACCUGACCCAAGAUUUCCAUUUCUUGGUGUCCAUAUAACUCCAAGAAUAGAUGGACGUGUAAUUUUGGGACCAAAUGCAAUAUUAGCCUAUUGUAAAGAAGGAUAUAAAUAUAGUGAUGUGAAUCUGAAAGACUUGAAAGACAUUUUAGCAUUUUCUGGUUUUCGGAAAUUAGCAAUGAAAUAUGCAGGUUUUGGUAUUAAAGAAAUGACAAGAUCAAUUUUUACUUCAUUGCAAGUGAAGCAGGUUCAAAAAUACAUUCAAGAAAUUACAUCUGCUGAUGUAGAGAGAGGUCCUUCUGGUGUCAGAGCACAGGCAAUGGCUAAAGAUGGAAGUCUAAUAGAAGAUUUUGUAUUUGAUUCUCAACCUGGUUCUGGUGCCAUAGGAAGUAGAGUUUUACAUUGCAGAAAUGCACCUUCACCUGGGGCCACUUCGUCACUUGCUAUCGCGAAAAUGAUUGCUGAUAAGAUGGAGAGUGAAUUUAAGUUUAAAAUCUGAGAUAUAUAAACACUGGUAACGAACAUAAGAUAAUUCGUAAACAUCGUUAUAAAAGUAAUACACAUGAAAGCAGUGUUAUCCUCAACGUUAGGGAAGGAAAUUUACGCUAAUGGAAAUCCCAAAUUUGUAUUUGCAUAAAGUAGUAAAUAUAAUACCUAGGUCACGUUGAUUUCUUAUUAGUCUUGCUUGUGUGUUGUUGUAAUGUUUUAUUGUUGCACACUUUUUACGUACCUAAAUCAUUAUUCAAUCAUCACUUAUUUUAUAGAACAAUUACCU